AUGGUUGCCGCAUCCUCUGGGUCUCAGAAACGGUCAUUUAAAAUCAAUUGCACCAGGAAUCCCACCUUUAAGCGCUUCGAUGGACCCAGGGAGCUGCUUAGAUCGUACCGCAAAUUCCGAAUGCCUAUCCCGCAGGGCCUGUUAGACGCACUAGAAGAGGGGUCCGAAAAUAUGAUUCUCGCCAAGGGCGAUGUUUUCCAGGGUCCCGAGACUCUGAAGGUUGCGCACGAAAAUGCUGCUUCUCGAGUGGCCAAGUCGGUCGGUGCAGUCCCUGCAAUCCCAGCCAACGGAGGCAUCGAGUACAUCUCGCCCAUCAGCAUUGGGAGCCAGACCAUUAACGUAGCCCUCGACUCUGGGUCGGCCGAUCUCUGGGUCUUCAGCUCCUGGCUCCUAGCGUCGGCCAAGGUUGGGCAUCAGGUGUACGACCCUUUCCUCUCGUCGACUUUCAAGCCCAUCCCAGGUGCGAACUUCUCCAUCACCUACGGCGACGGCACAAGCGCGUCCGGAACCGUGGGGGUUGAUGUUGUUGACGUCGGUGGGGUCACGGUUCUCAACCAGGCUGUCCAAAUGGCGACGGCCGUGUCGCCCGCUUUCGUCCUGGACACCAAUCUCAACGGACUGCUCGGUCUGGGCUUCUCCCAGCUCAGCACGGUGAAACCGGUGAAGCAAAAGACCUUCUUUGAGAACGUUAUGCCGAGCCUUGCUCAGCCACUGUUCACGGUGGAUCUCCGCCGAAGCACAACUGGCACAUUUGAAUUCGGUGACAUUGACGUUUCCAAGUUCACCGGGAGUCUGUCGUGGGUCCCCGCAAAUACGAAAAAUGGGUUUUGGCAGGUUUCCUCUGGCGGUUUUGUUGUUGGUAGCCUCCGACAAAAGCUCCCUGUUACGCAGGCCAUCGUGGAUACAGGCACCACGCUCAUGCUAGUCUCAAAGGAGAUGGCGGAUAAAUACUAUAGCCAAGUCGUGGACGCAAAGAGUACGUCGGCAGCUGGGGGCACGACCUUCCCUUGCAACGUUACGCUCCCAGAUCUGGUGCUCGAUGUUGGCCCGGGCUAUGCAGCUAGGGUUAGGGGAGCGGAUAUCAACUUUGGAACUUUUCAAGGUGACAGAUGCUUCGGUGAGAUUCAGCGCACCACGUCAAAUUUUCAGGUCUGGGGCGACAUCUUUUUCACAUAA